AUAGGCCUAACAGUGUGGGGAAUUCUACACACAAUAGAGGCAGUGAACCGUUAUCUGUGUUCCGUUAAAAUCCAGCUCCCACAGUGGACGAACUAGAUCUAGUAGGUUAACACAGACUGUAGGACUAGGAAAUGAACACACUGGAACUGUUUAUUAUUAAGUAUCCAGUAACAUAUUGAGAUCUAUAUUCCCGUGUAACGCCAUACAAAUACAGAGCCACAAGCACAAAAUUUGUCCAAGAUGUUUAAAAAAGAUUUUCGCUUCACUCAUCUAGAGGAAGACUUUGACCAUGAAGAAAUUAUGGGGGAUAUUGAAUCUGAACUGCAACCCCAGUCUUUGAUUCCCAAUGCAAAUGAUUUCGUUCCGCACAUUCCUGCUGACUCAGGGCAAGCAGAAGAAAAAAGUUCAAAUGAAAGCAAUACUGAAUCACAAAAGAAAGACAUUCACUCAAUAGAUUCUCAUCUCAACAACUAUCAGACCCCACAGUCACAAACAAAUGGCACAGCACACCAAAAUUUUCAUGUUCAGUAUGCAGAAGGCAAAGUAAACAUGAUGAAAGAUAAUGUCGUAAUUAGACCAGAUGGUACUCCUUAUAUAGAUACUCAAGGAAUCGCUAUUCGUUGGUCUGAACAUGAACGUCCUCUGCGGAAACGCAGACUUCUUAUAACAAAAGUUUUUUCUGUCAUCUCUUGCUUUAUGUUUUUUCCAACUGGCAUUCCAGCAGCGUACUUUGCUUUCAGAGCAGAGAAGGAGUUUCAAGAAGGUGUUUCCAGGGACAAUAUUAACCGUGCUAUGAAAUUUGCCAAACGUAGUGAGAAAUUUAUCAUCAUGUCAGUCGUAAUGUGUGUCGUUGUGGCAACAUUGAUAGUUGCAAUAAUAAACAGGCCAGACAUAAGCAACAUGCCAAGAGGAACAUUAGUUGGCUGAAUAAGCUAUAUAAAUAUUAUUUAAUCAAGUUUAGGAAGUUUUCAGCAUUUUACACAAAGUCUUUUAAAAUAAAAUAUGAUGAAAAAAAUGUAACUUGCUUUAAGAUUUGUUUGAAACUGUAGAGGUAAAGCAAUCGCUUGCCACAAAUCACUGCUGGACAGUUUGAACUUAACAUUACGGCUGGUAUUAACAAAAUGAAAAUAUUUUUAGAAAUGAAAUACAAAUGUCAAACAUUUCUAAAAAUAAAUGCAAGUUAAAAAUAAGUUUUGUGUGCAAUUCACUAUAUUAUUCGGAUGUGUUCCAUUCCAAUUGUAGUAAUAUGUACAAAUAUAAUGCUGGUGAGAAAAUGAAAUUGAGAAAACCUACAAAGUUAAUGUAGUUAUGUUUAUGUAGUUAUAUUUAUUUUAACAUUUCUCUCCACAGGCUUUUUGGUCACUUUUUUUAUACUGCACACUCAUUCUCUGAAGCCUUGUUUUCUGUUCAUAACAUUUCUCUUGUGCUGUCUCCUCAUUCCAUAACAUUUCUCGUGUGCUGUCUCCUCAGUUCAUGACAUUUUUUCUGCUUCAUUUUUUUAUGUGAAUUUGUGUAAAUAUUAAGUUUGUAAUCUGUAACAUUCAGAUCUAGAGUCUUUUUAGGGCAUUUUUGUUUCAAUUUCUUGUGUACAGAGUAUCUUCAUGCUUAUAUCAUGCUCAGUUAGCUAUGGUCUAAUCUCAUUUGUGGACUAUUGGGGCAGAAGGAAUCUGGGAGAAGGUUUCUGUGCUGCCUUUAGGUGUUCAGUAAACACUGCUCAACUCAAACCGGGUUUCAAACUCAAGCCUCUUUAAUAGGCAGCCAAGUGGUUUAUGCCUCUAAUUUCUUGCGAUGCUUUUUUUUUUUCUAUCAAACUUUGUAAAUAUUAUUCUAAAUAAAUGGAAUUUUUUUUUUAUAAAUAUUCAUAAAAAAUCAUUUUUGUCUUUCAUUCCAAAAUUUUAUAGAAUCUUUAAAUAUUAAUUUUUAAUGUUUAAUAUGUAACUUCAUUUUUUUUUUUAUACAGCUCCAGAAAAUGUGUUUGAUUUACAAUUUUAUUGAAUUUCCUAAAGUGAAGAAAAGGUCCUCAUUGAAACUUUGUCUUUACAUGAACACAUGUAGCCUCCAAGUCUUUGCCUGAAACACUUUGUUUUAGUGCUAGAAUGUUCUAGACUUGCAACAUCUCUGUAUUUUAUAUAGUGUCUUUGCUAAAUAACUGCUGUAGCAACACUGACUAGAAUUUAAGCCAAUUAUAUCAUUUUUGAAAAGCAGUUAAUCAAAGGAAUUAUAACAAUUAUGUUUAAUUGUGAAAAAAGUGCUUAAUAAGUAUAAAUUGUAUACAUCUUCCAAAUUUGUAUGACGAAUGUUUGCUACUAUUCUGUACAACACACGUUGCCUUACAUUCUGUUACCUUCCUUUACAAAAGCAUAUUGCUUAGAUUUUAUGUCAAAUAAAAAGUGCCUUUUAUGACUGUGAAGAAUU